GGUAAAAGGUGAACUAGAAGCCAUGUUAUCAUUUCCUCAUCUCUACUCUGUUGGCUUUCAGGGCUUUGCAUGGAUCCUUUCUCCUACGACGAGUCUCUAAAAUCAGAGUGCCUCAUGGAACCUCCACAAACAACUGGCAAUACUGGAGGAGAAGGAUAUAAAGAAUUGAAGAUCAACGAAAAUGGUGAAAUCAGAAAUGUAGUAGAGAGAGUUUGUCUUCAGGAAGGAAACAUAUAUAGCAUUUCUGCUUGGGUGAGGUUGAGAAAUGAGAGUCAGAGUAAAGUAGGAAUGACUUUUAGGGGGAAGAAUGGGAAAAACGUUUUCGGAGGUGAAGUUAAGGCGAAAAAAGGAUGCUGGUCUUUGCUUAAAGGCGGUAUUACCGCUGAUUUCUCAGGCCCUAUCGACAUUUUCUUCAAGAGCGAUGGCUUAGCGGGCUCAGAGAUAUCAAUACAAAAUGUGAGGCUGCAACGGUUCAACAAAUCUCAAUGGAGGCUACAACAAGACCAAAUUCGGAAGAAUAAAGUGAGCUUUCAAAUGAGUUUUCAAAACAUAAACGCAUUAAAAGGAUCAGUGAUUUCCAUAGAACAGAUCAAACCAUCAUUCCUCCUUGGUUGUGCUAUGAACUACCGAAUUUUGGAAAGUGAUAGCUAUAAAGAAUGGUUUGUGUCGCGGUUUAGACUAACUUCCUUCACCAAUGAAAUGAAAUGGUAUGCAACUGAGGCAGUGAGAGGUCAAGAGAACUACAAAUUAGCUGAUUCAAUGAUGCAACUCGCGGAGGAAAAUGGGAUUUUAGUCAAAGGACAUACAGUCUUGUGGGACUAUAAGUAUUGGCAGCCAAAUUGGGUUAAAACGAUCACGGAUCCAGAAGAUUUGAAGAAUGUGACACUCAACCGAAUCAACUCGGUUAUGAAGAGAUAUAAAGGGAGAUUAAUAGGAUGGGAUGUGAUGAAUGAGAAUGUGCAUUUCAACUACUUCGAGAACAUGCUUGGUGGAAACGCUUCAGCUAUUGUCUACUCUUUGGCCUCCAAGCUGGAUCCUGAUAUACCGUUGUUCUUGAACGAGUUCAACACGGUAGAGUAUGCUAAAGACAGAGUUGGGAGCCCUGUUAACGUGGUGAAGAAGAUGCAAGAGAUUGUUUCAUUCCCAGGAAACAGUAAUAUUAAAGGAGGAAUUGGAGCACAAGGUCACUUUGGUCCAAUUCAGCCCAACUUGGCUUACAUGAGAUCUGCAUUAGAUACAUUAGGCUCUUUGGGUUUUCCAGUUUGGCUUACGGAGGUUGAUAUGGCCAAGUUCCCGGAUCAGGUUAAAUACAUGGAGGACAUUUUGAGGGAAGCUUACUCGCAUCCGGCGGUUAAAGGCAUAAUCCUAUAUGCAGGGCCUGAAAUGUCCGGUUUCGACAGGUUAACGCUUGCCGAUAAAGAUUUCAACAACACAGACAUAGGGGAUCUCAUCGACAAAUUUCUCCAAGAGUGGAAACAAGAACCUGUAGAGAUUCCUAUCCAACACCAUGAAUAUAAUGAUGAAGCAGAAGGCAAUACCGGAGGAGAAGGAUUCGAAGAAUUCAAGAUAAACGAAAGUGGUGGAAUCAGAAAUGUAGUAGAGAGAGUUGAUCUUCAGGAAGGAAACAUAUACAGUGUUUCUGCUUGGGUGAAGUUGAGAAAUGAGAGUCAGACAAAAGUAGGAAUGACUUUUAGGGGAGAGAAUGGGAGAAACGUUUUCGGAGGUGAAGUUAUGGCGAAAAAAGGAUGCUGGUCUUUGCUUAAAGGCGGUAUUACCGCUGAUUUCUCAGGCCCUAUCGACAUUUUCUUCAAGAGCGAUGGCUUAGCGGCCUCGGAGAUAUCAGUACAAAAUGUGAGGAUUCAACAGUUCAAUAAAACUCAGUGGAGGCUACAACAAGACCAACUAAUUGAAAAGAUUCGGAAGAAUAAAGUGAGAUUUCAAAUGCGUUUUAAGAACAAAAGCGCACUGAAAGGAUCAGUGAUUUCCAUAGAACAGAUCAAACCAUCAUUCCUCCUUGGUUGUGCUAUGAACUACCUAAUUUUGAAAAGCGAUAGCUAUAGAAAAUGGUUUGUGUCGCGGUUUAGACUAACUUCUUUCACCAAUGAAAUGAAAUGGUAUUCAACUGAGGUAGUAAGAGGUCAAGAGAACUACCAUUUGGCUGAUUCAAUGAUGAAACUUGCAGAGGAAAACAAGGUACUAGUCAAAGGACAUACGGUCUUGUGGGACGAUAAGACGUGGCAGCCAAGUUGGGUUAAGACAAUCACAGAUCCGGAAGAUUUGAGGAAAGUGACACUCAACCGGAUCAAUUCGGUUAUGAAGAGAUAUAAAGGGAGAGUAAUUGGAUGGGAUGUUAUGAAUGAGAAUGUGCAUUUCAGAUACUUUGAGGACAUGCUAGGGAAAAACGCUUCAGCUAUUGUCUACUCUUUGGCAUCCAAGCUUGAUCCUGAGGUACCAUUGUUCGUGAACGAGUUCAACACAUUAGAAUAUGCAAACGAAGUAAUUGGGAGUCCGGUUAACGUGAAGAAGAAGAUGGAAGAGAUUAUUUCAUUCCCAGGAAACAAUAAUAUCAAAGGAGGAAUUGGAGCACAAGGUCACUUUCCUCCAAAUCAGCCCAACUUGGCUUACAUGAGAUCCGCAUUAGAUACGUUAGGCUCUUUGGGUUUUCCGGUUUGGCUUACGGAGGUUGAUGUGGCCAAGUGUCCGGAUCAGGUUAAAUACUUGGAGGAUAUUCUUAGGGAAGCUUACUCGCACCCUGCGGUUAAAGCAAUAAUCCUAUGGGGAGGACCUGAAGUAUCCGGUUUCAACAAGUUAACGCUUGCCAAUAAUGAUUUCAAAAACACACAAGCAGGGGAUCUCAUUGACAAAUUAAUCCGAGAGUGGAAACAAGAACCUGUAGAGAUUCCUAUCCAACACCAUGAACAUAAUGAUGAAGAAGAAGGUCGAAUAAUCGGGUUUUCUCCAGAGAUUUCCUUAUUGCAUGGACAUUACAGAGUGACUGUAACUAAUCCGUCGAUGAAGAACUUGUCCACCAGCUUCAGCUUGGAGGUAACAAAGGAGACGGGUCAUCUUCAAGAGGUUCAACUUGUAAUUGAUGCUUGAAAACUGAACUAUAUUAUUUAUCAUAUAUUGUGAAUCAUCCUAUGAGAGAUAAUACAUAAUAUAUAAAGAGAUUUGAAAUUA